CGUUUUUUCGCAAGACUUCAGGAAAAGGAACUGUCCUGACAGCUUUCGGUAAUACGUUUGGUACCUUAUUCCUCCUUCCUGGACCAGUCAGCUUGAGUUAAACGUCAGUGCGGUGGAGAGUGAAGAGCGGAGCAGGAGAGGCGGCAGGGCGUACUCAGGAACAAUCUAAGGACAAAUCCCAGCUAAGAUGGCAGAGACUAAAAGUGACACAGGUGUUACUGAAAAAGAUGCUGUCAAAAAAGAGGUCGGACAAGCCAGUUAUACCAACAUGGGCUUCACAUAUCCUGAAUCUGGUGAGGUAAUGCAAGUACCUCCACCUCCAUCAUACAUGCCACCUUCAUAUCAAUCAGCAGUCUGUGCCAGUGCGUAUGACAACAAACCUGAGCCUCCACUGAAUUCAAAUUAUAACACAAUAAAUGCUCCGGACACAGUUGUAGUUGUAACAGGAAAUGACGCAUUACCACCCGGCUGUGUGGAAGUGGUGGCAACUGAGUUUGAAGAGAAAUCUGUUCGGAGAGCUUUCAUCAGAAAAGUAUUUGCAGUGGUCACCUUGCAGCUGUUGAUUACUUUUGGCAUCGUAUGCAUUUUCACCUUCGCAGAUGUUGUGAAGAAUUACGUCAAGUCCAACAUUUGGGUCUACAUAACCUCCUACUGUGUGUUUGCAGUUGUGGCCAUUGUCCUUCAGUUUGGAGGGUCCUUGAGGAGGAAAUUUCCCUGGAAUAUUAUUGCACUGGGUGUUGUGACACUGAGCUUGUCCUUCAUGGUGGGAGCAGUGGCUUCAUUCCAUGAUACCACAGCUGUCAUAAUUGCACUUGGAAGUACAGUGAUCAUCUCCUUCACCAUUAUCCUCUUCUCAGUACAGUCACGAAUAAGCUUCUCCAUCUGCAACGGCAUCCUUCUUGUCCUGGCUGUUGACCUCAUGAUGUUUGGCUUCUUCUCCAUUUUCUUCUACUCCACCAUGCUCCAGAUUCUCUAUGGCUGCCUUGGGGCACUCGUCUUUGCUUUGUUCCUAGCCAUUGACGUUCAGCUUGUGAUUGGUCGAGAAUCGUAUGCCCUGAGCCCUGAGGAGUACAUAUUUGCAGCUUUAGCCAUUUACCUGGACAUCAUCCUCAUCUUCCUUUAUCUCCUCAUCCUCUUUGGUGGAGGCAAAAAGUAACUCAACUCAACUAAACAUACGACGAGCAACCGCUCCAUGCAAAAUCAAAGAGAGACUUAACUCCGAGCUUAAAGAUAUUUUUAUUACAUUUUUAUUGAAUUAAGUGUACUACCUUGGACCAUUUUUUUACAUUGUUUUAUGAAUUGUAACUACUGUAUUUUCAUUUGUAAUUAAAAAUGGAUGAAUUUUUUUGUUUCACAUAUCAGGUUGGACUAAUGUGUUCAGGAUUAGAAUUGAUGCACUUAGAAUGACUUGCAAGCAGCAAACAAAAAUAAUGCAAAUGGAUUUUUUAAGGUAUUUGUUCUAAGUAGUCGGUUAAUAUUUAUCAUUAAUUUUGUUUUUCGAUAGUGCUCUCUUAAUUUGACAUUAUUUCACUUUGACCUAAUGUCAUCAUGUGAUGCCACAUGGGUGGGACACCAGAUGUCACUGCCACUCCAGUAUAAGAAUGGUGGCAUGAUUGAGGAAGCACUCAAAGCAAAAAGCUCUUUAGCAUAAGAGGAAGAGAAAGCAUCUCAAGGUGAUGGUGAAGUUGGCCUUUUUCUGGUUUGAAACUUAUUCUUUUUUGACUUUGAGUUCUGUCAUUUCCUUCAUGUUUUUAUUUCUAGCUUUUUUAUGGACUAUAAACCUGCCAUGUCCGUUUGGUUUUCAUAUCCUGUCUAAUUUCUCUAGAGAACAGUAAAAACACACAAUACUGCUGACACGUACAUAGCAAUAUUUGUUU